AUGCCACAGCAGACCGAUCAAUGCCACAGGCCUCCUCGCGCCAUGCCACAGCCAGGGCCACUCGCACGAAAGACCCGGGCCUCGUUGCACCACAGGUACCCAGGGAAGCAGACGCUAGCGCAGGUAUUGUCGACGUCCGCGACACCGUCCUUUUUCGCAUCCUCGUUCGCGUCCGCGAUCGCGUCGUUAUCGUCAUCUUCAUCGUUGGCGGUGGCAUCAACCUCGUCGUCGUCAAAAACAUACUCUCUAUUGACAAUCAACAGCCCCACAUCCCCUAAUUUCGGACUAGAUCUUAACCAGACAAACACCUUUGGCUCGGGAUCAGGCUCCAGCAGUGCAUUAGGCUCGGGCUCAGGACCCAGCUCAAGUGCUCCAGCGUGCUCCACCUCUUCCUCUUCUUCACACACCAGCAGCAUCUGGGGUGUGUGCUCCCGCCAGCGCGCACUCGACACACAGCUCCGUGGACGCACGCUAUAUACCGACGAGCCUGAGGAGACACUGACACCGAAGCAGCCCACCUUCCCUUCCAGUGUCGGUGGCGUGUCCUCCAAGGUUGUUUCCAUAGACCAGAGCCACAGCAAAAGAAGCAGCAGCAGUAACAGAAAAAGCCACAGCAAGUGCACCAGACAGCCACGACUCAGCAGGUCUGAGUCAUCGAGCGCCGACAAGACCAAGCCAACACGCGACGCAAGCCAAAACGUUAACAGCAGCAUCCGCCAGCACGCAUCAUCGCGUACCAGCACCCGCGCCUUUCCACAAGCUUUACACCUAGAUUUAACUUUGGACUUUGAAAUAGAUUCCUCCAGAAAUGGAGAUAGCAGCAACAGCAACAGCAAUGUACGGGCAUACUCCGCCGCAGACGAGGCGCUGGAUGGUAAAAAUUUCUACGGUAGCAAGGAGUUGCUACCGACUUUCCCCAACGACAGCGCCUGCGGCUCGGGUACCAGCUCUGAGUCUCGUCCGGACCAGACCAUCCACACUCAAGGCGCAAAGAGAAGCUCCUCUGAGACGAAGAGGUUUCAUCGCAGGUGUGAGGAGAAGAGGGACGAAUUGAUAAGCCUGCUCGACGCCCAUCUCGCUGGGUAUGGGAGUGUCCUGCCCCCGCAUGUUGUGUCGCAUGCAGCGGAGUCGCCAAAGCCGCUGAAUGGCUUCACCAUGCUCAAAGGACAAAGCAUCGCCGUGCGCAAGGUGCGCGACAUCGGGUCUGGAAACGGUACUGCGCGCAUUGAGACCGUGCGCUCUGUAUCCAUUUCCGCGUCCAGAUCUGCAAUAGGUCUGGAAAACGACACCAUUUGGGCGCUGAAGCGCUUCAAAACCCGUGACGUGCCCUUUGCGGACGGCCUACGAGCGCGCUCGCAACUAAAGAACGAAUGCGAGGUGUAUAGGCGCAUCGCGGAGGCGCCGAGGGAGGGAAAGGUCGGGUUUGAAUUCGUUAUGGAAUUGGUGGCAACGAUGACCUUCCGCGGGGAGCACUGUCUCCUAUUGCCUCUGAUGGCCACAGAUCUGGCGGACGUUCUCUAUAGCAGACAGACGAUAUUGGCUCGUCGCGAUACCCGUCGCAUAAUUGCACAAAUUGCAACAGGGCUGGCCACCCUGCAUAGCAUCGGCGUCAUCCACAGUGAUUUGAAGCCCGCAAACAUUCUCUUCACCCCCUCCGGCACCGUCAAGCUCGGCGACUUCGGGCUGAGCCACCGAACACCUACAAUGGCGCCGCUGCACCGAGACACGGUGUACGCCUCACGCGCAGUGGGCACGCGCGGGUACAUGGCGCCCGAGAAGGUCCGCGUGGGUGGGUACAGUUACCCUGUGGAUUACUGGGCGCUAGGGUGUGUAUUCGCGGAGAUGGUGGGCAUGGAGGAUCGAGUGUUGAGGAGUUUUGAGGAGUUCAGGGACAUUUUGACGUGGGAGGAGGAUUAUGGCGACGUUGAGGAGAGGAGAAACUUUUUCGAGGAACAGGAGCUCGAUGAAGACUCUCUUGAUCUUGUUUGUGGGCUGCUAGACCCAAAUCCCCAGACACGUUUUGGGAUAUUGGAGCUUAUUGCUCAUCCAUACUUUAAGAUCGACGAGGAAUUCUCCGAGUUCGACAAGAUCGGCCAAACAGAGCCAGAAAGGUUCCUUGUCGUCGACACCUCAAAUCCCGACGACAAGUCGACGCCGACAUAUCCGAUCGAAACAUCGGAUCCAACCAACGAUACAAUGUAUCGUUGGAUCAAUCCCUACGGUCCAUAUGUGUCUCAUUGCUAA